CACCUCCCUGACCACAUGGACGCUACCGGCCCAUCCGAACCGACCGGCCGAGCCGGCCCGCCGGCCGCCACCUUCGCCCCUCCGCCGCCGUCGCGGUACGAGUCCCAGAAGCGGCGCGACUGGAACACGUUCCUGCAGUACCUGCGGACCCACCAGCCGCCGGUGAGCCUGCCUCAAUGCGGCGGCGCCCACGUGAUCGAGUUCCUGAGGUACCUCGACCGGUUCGGGAAGACGAAGGUGCACGAACCGGGCUGCGCUCACUUCGGCCGGCCCGAGUCGCCGGAUCCGCCCUGCCCUUGCCCGCUCAACCAGGCCUGGGGCUCCCUCGACGCUCUGGUCGGCCGCCUCCGCGCUGCCCACGACGAGCGUCGUACCUCCGGCGAGGUCGAGAACCCCUUCGCCGACCGCGCCGUCGGCGUCUACCUCCGGGAAGUCAAGGAGCGGCAGGGCAAGGCGCGCGGCGUCGCGUACAGGAAGAGGUGGAAGCGCAAACGCGUCGCCUCGACCGCCGCCGGAAGCUCGGCCGGUGCUGAUAAACGUGGCGGCAGCAGUAGUAGUAGCACGGCGGCGGGCGACAGUAGGAGUUCGUCGCCGGCGGCUUCUUGAUUGUUUAGUUUAAUCGAUCUUCGUUUAAGUUUAACUG